GUAAUGGUCACGCUGAGUGUCAGCUCCGAGUUGACUGCACGCACACAAAUUACACACGAAAGUAUAUAGAUAUUGUUAUUUCUGUGAAAAUAAAAACGUCAAAUUAUGCGUACCGUGCUUUUGAGCAAAGCCGAUGAGGUCUAUCUGGAAAAAUGCGCUCAAGAGCACAGUUUCUCGUACGGCAUAAUCGUUGGGCAUCAAGCUGACUUAACCAAAAGCAUUGUUGUGCACUUGGCCCGCAACAAUGAGGAGGAUGCCGACUUGGAGGACCUUAACGAUGUGAAUUUCACAAUUCGCGAUGUCAACUCACAGGCGCUGGCAUCGCAGUGGCUGAGCGCUAGCAAAAUGUGUCCCGGUUCCUUUGACGUCAUAGGUAUUUUCAUAUCCUCUACGCUGCCCGAGGUCGCCGAUGAAAACAGCGAUGAAUUUAAGAACGCCAAGAAACUGUUCUCCGAUGUCUACGAUUUGCUGCUGCAGAGCAACAGCUCGUUUGGAGUGUACACCACAGAUAUGGCACAGACUGAAUAUGUAUUUCUCGCCUACUCGCUGGCCGACAAGAGAUUACUCUGCAAGAACUUUACCUACGGGAAUGGCGGCACGUUCACCAAAAUGGAUCAUCGCUUUGUGGAGAAGCCAUUUGAAUGGAUACCGCUCGAGUGCAAUUACGAUCUGGACGAUGUUAUACCCAUCAUCGAUCCGGCACGACGUAUUAACAUCGAAGAACAGUUCCAAAACAUUAUAUUGACUAUACGCAAAUAUCUCAUCGCCAGUGAGGUGUUUUUACAAAAUGAAAUCGUCGAGGACACCAUCGAUUUGCAGACGUACAUAAAGAAAAAAGAAACAUCGGAUGACAAAUUGAAAACUUCGUCAAGCACAAAUAGCACAGCAUCGGGCAGCAGCACAGCAACGGGACCAGCUUCAGGACUACAUUUGUUAUCCUCGGAUGACGGAUCCAAUGGCAAUGGCAAUGUGAUACGUGCCAGCAUUGUGAUGCCCGUCAAGUGUCAGCUGAACAGUCCGGCCAACAUCAAAAUAAGCGAAUUUAAUGGCACGCUACGGAUGAGCGGCAUGAUCUUCUCACGGAUUUACUGCAAUUCACGCAACACAAUCGCGGAUGUAAAACGUUUCGUUCGCGACGAUGUCUUGCGUUCGCUGAUCACACGUAUUCAAGUCUAUUGUGAUGGCUUGACCGAUCCGCAUGUCUCCAACGAAGCUGUCUACAUCAGUGAGCCACCGCGACGUGUGUUCUUCAGCAUUCCGGCAGAUGGCGCUAGUCCGUCGACCAGCACCAUACAGUUCUCGGAGUAUCUGUUCCGUGGCGAAGCACCCACCGUUGCCGUCUCGCAGGCCAAGCAAGUGCUCGAUGUUGAAAUUGAUCCCGAAGCGAUUGUCUUGGAUGCCGAAGGUCUACCAGAUAGCAAUUUCACAGCCAGAUUUCAGGAGACCGAUAAUAUGGAUGAUAAUCGUACCAUGUCUAGCUCGAUGCCAAAGCGUGAACUAUCGCGCAGCCUCUACAUGGUGGGCAUUGCAGUUGCCCUCUUGGUGCUGCUCGCUUCGGUGGCGCUGCACUACGUCAUGGCCUGAUAGUAGUUGGCUGGAUGGAUGGAUAGAGGGAGGGAGGGAGGGAUUUGUUGAUGCGCAACCUUAUAUAGAUUACAUACUAGUAUGUGCAAACACACGCUGUAGUAUGCUGGUGAAUCUUGUGAUGGUUUUUUUUAUGAUACACAACAACUAUACUCUUAUUGUCUAGUAGAAGAAAUGUAAAAAUGACCCGUUAAAUAGUUUUAUUAUAUUGAACGCCUGAACGGGCAGCAUUUAAUACUUAUUGUAAUAAAUUAAA